AUUCUCUUUUAGUAGUAAUUUAAUUUUGUUGAAACAAACGUUAGAGAGUUGACUUGCUCAACUCUGUUUCUAUAUUAUACAAAAAAAAAAAAAAAAAAAAAAACUUAGUUGUUGAUUCAACUCGGUUCUGUAAACGCUGAAUUUGGUAUAACAAACAGAAUUGGACUCCACUUAAACUGAAUUUGGUUUGAUAUACGCAGAGUAUACGGUUAUGGCGCAAAAUAGCAGGUGGAGGAAGAGACCUAAUAUACUUAUCACCGGAAUUCCGGGCACAGGGAAGACGACUACGGCGGCUGCCCUGGCGGAGGUGACGGAGCUCCGCCACAUCAACGUCGGCGAAUUUGCUAAUGAGAAAAACUUGACCAACGGCUGGGAUGACACUUUCGAUUGCUACUAUAUCAACCAACACCUUGUAUGUGAUGAGCUUGAAAACUUGAUAGAAGAAGGCGGAAACAUAGUUGAUCAUCAGAGCUGUGACUUCUUUCCUGAACGUUGGUUUGAUCAUGUGGUGGUGCUUCAAACUGACAACUCUGUCUUGUAUGAUCGGUUCACUAAGAGAGGUUACACUGAUCAAAAGCUUGGUAAUAAUACUGAAUGUGCAACCUUUCAAGUUUUGCUGGAGGAGGCAAAAGAGAACUAUCCAGAGGAUAUUGUGGUUAUACUAAGAAGUGAUUCUCUGGAAGAUAUUACCAAAAAUGUGGAGAAACUGACCAGUUGGAUUAGUAAUUGGAGCCCUGUAUUAUGAAUUAUGAUUAAGUAUCAGCAAAGCAUAUUAAGGCUACUCGCGGGCAGGGGCAGGGGUGCAAGAGGGUUCGUCGAAGAAUUACAUUGUAUAAAUAAGGUCAAAAUUAUUUUAUGUAUAUAUGAUGUUACAUCCCCUUGCUUCUUCGUGUGUCUACUUCCUUAUAUUUUGGAUCCCUUUAGUGAAACUUCUGGCUCAACCAUUGCUCACAUGGAAGUUAUGUUCUACGGUUUGACUAUUAAGUUUUGGUUUCUUCUUCUCUUUAACAUACGAGCAGAAAAUUCAGCAGGA